CCCGCCGGAGGGCCCGUGGCGGCGGCUCUGGGACGCCCUGUCCCGAGGGGCCUGGGCGCUGCCGGUCAGGUCCCGCGAGCGGGAAAUGGAGGCGGCGGUGGCGGCCGCUGGCUGAGGCGGGGCGCGGAGACGGGCCCCUCGCGGGGCGUCGCGGCGGAGCCGGUCCGCGGAGGAGGGCGCAGCCCCGCCGCUCGGGUCCCGCGGCCGCGGGCGAGUCGGGCAGCCCGGACCGAGGCCCGCGAGCCUCUCUGGGGCGUGGAAACUUGGCUCCGCUUGUAAAACUUGUUUUGGGUGAAAACAGAAAAGGGUAUUUGGCAGCCUGAAUGGUUCGUUUCAUGGCGUUCGGGCACUUAUGGGCUGUACAACCGCUUCUCCCGGAUCGGGUUUAUUUUCUAUCGUGUGACUGAGAAUAAGGAAGGAGAACACUUGAAACACGGCAUGACUCCAGCCCGUUUAGUGGUCCACUGUUUGAAACCCAGAUCGCCUGAUAACUUGCAGAAACUGAUCGAUCUGUAAGGGAUAGUUUGUCUGCUUUGUUACCUAUUUUGUGUUGGUAUUACAAUUCAAAUAAUGAUAGAGAUUGAUAGUACCAAAUCAUCCAUGAACACCAAAGUUUCUCAGAAGCACAAAUAUCCCCAGUGAUUUGGCUUCAGUAUGAGAUGAUAAUGCGUAUGGGCUCCAGCAGUUAUCCCCACUUCACAGUUAUCUGGUAGGAUAACAAACACUAAUUCUGCUAGCAGAGUUUGUGCCCAUAUCAUCAUGGGCUUGUUACUUGCUUAGUUGCUUGUGUUCCAGGGGAAAAGAUAGAUCUUAGCAGAACACUGGGACUUCUCCCCUGACUGCAAAAGCCAAACUGUAAAAGAUGCUGGAGUAGCAGUGGGCUGUCAUGCAGGGAUAAAAAAAAAAGCUCUGUUGACAGGUGCCUUCUUUUGUGUUAAUGGACGUCUGUGUCAGGCAUUACGGUCAGAUUCCUUCUUGAAUAGCAGCUCUGUUCUUAAGACAUUUUAGCCAUGACUAAGAGAGAGGCAGAAGAGCUGAUAGAAAUAGAAAUUGAUGGAACUGAGAAACAGGAAUGCACUGAAGAAAGCAUUGUUGAGCAGACCUAUACCACAGCAGAAUUUGUGAGUCAAGCUAUUGACAUCAAUGAACCAGUUGGAAAUCUUAGGAAGUUGCUGGAACCCAGACUGCAGUGUUCCUUGGAUACACAUGAAAUUUGCCUGCAAGAUAUCCAGCUGGACCCAGAUCGAAGUCUUUUUGAUCAAGGAGUAAAAACAGAUGGAACAGUGCAGCUCAGUGUGCAAGUAAUAUCUAGGCAAGGGUUAGAGCCCAAAUUAAACAUCCUUGAAAUUGUGAAGCCUGUGGAGACUGUGGAGGUGGUGAUUGAUCCAGAUGCUCAUCAUGCAGAGGCUGAAGCUCACCUUGUUGAGGAAGCUCAAGUGAUAACCUUGGAUGGAACAAAACAUAUUACAACAAUUUCAGAUGAAACCUCUGAACAAGUGACACGAUGGGCUGCAGCAUUGGAAGGCUACCGCAAGGAGCAGGAGCGCCUUGGAAUACCCUACGAUCCAGUGCAGUGGUCUACAGACCAGGUGCUCCACUGGGUGGUGUGGGUGAUGAAGGAGUUCAGUAUGACUGACAUUGACCUCAAUGCACUCAGCAUUCCUGGGCGGGAGCUCUGCAGCCUCAGUCAAGAAGACUUCUUCCAGCGUGUCCCGCGGGGAGAGAUCCUGUGGAGCCAUUUGGAGCUUCUUCGAAAGUAUGUGUUGGCUAGCCAAGAACACUCUGGAGAAAUAGCAACUGUUACUAUUGAUCAGCCUGUGCAGAUUAUUCCAGCAUCUGUACAGCCUGCUACCCCAACCACCAUUAAAGUAAUAAACAGCAGUGCAAAGGCAGCUAAAGUACAGAGAGCUCCAAGGAUCUCUGGGGAAGACAGAAGUUCCCCUGGGAACAGAACAGGAAACAAUGGCCAGAUCCAGUUGUGGCAGUUUUUGUUAGAACUUCUCACUGACAAAGAUGCUCGGGACUGUAUUUCUUGGGUUGGUGAUGAAGGAGAGUUUAAAUUGAAUCAACCUGAACUGGUUGCACAAAAAUGGGGACAGCGUAAAAACAAACCCACGAUGAACUAUGAGAAGCUUAGUCGAGCUUUGAGGUAUUACUAUGAUGGAGACAUGAUCUGCAAAGUGCAAGGCAAGAGGUUUGUGUACAAAUUUGUUUGCGACUUGAAAACUCUCAUUGGAUACAGCGCAGCAGAGUUGAAUCGGUUGGUCACAGAAUGUGAGCAGAAGAAACUCGCCAAGAUGCAGCUCCAUGGCAUUGCACAGCCAGUUACAGCGGUGGCACUAGCUACAGCAUCCCUGCAAACAGAGAAAGAUAAUUAAGCACUAGGACCUGAAAGUGGGAACCUGAGGCCUUUCCUAUAUAACCAGAGCAGGUGCUGCUCUUACCUUUGUCAGAAUUAGAAACUACUUUUGUUUCUUGACAGUACAAAAAAAUAGAGCAUGAUUUUCUAUAAAGAACUGGGACUUGCAUAAAUUUGGAUCUUUUAACAGCAUAUAUUUCAAUGUAAGUUAAGGGAUCACCACAGCUUCUGCAGCUUUGAGCCAGGGCCUGUAUGGUGUGCCAUCUGAAAUUGGUGAGAAAGGUUGAACUAGUCCACGCUCUGUGUCCACAGCUGUACAAAUUAAUUUUUGCAGCACUUUUUACAAAAAAGGGGUACCUGCAGAAAGCAGGCUGGUCAGUUGUGUGAACGCAGUCCUUUCCAGUCUUCUGUUCUCUGCUGAACUACCAAAUGGCGUUUGAUACUUUCAAAGUUAAACAUGUUCAUUAUUCUCAUUUAAUCAAGCAGAACCGAAAGGCUCAUUAAACGUUACAAAGCAUCAGGUUCUUAAAAUAGCUUCUGUGUUUAUAAGCAAAGGAAACUAAGAGUAGACGGAACUGAAGAUGAGUGCUGAAGAAGGAGAUCCAGGUUUAGAUCUGGCUUAGGUGAAAAGCCAAUUAUGAGUAUUUCAUUGUAAUAUGUAGAUAAUUAAUACGCAUAUAUGAGGGCAAGUACUUCCCUGUUUUGAAAGACACUGUUAAAGCUAGCCAUUUAGCAAAAAGUGAAGACAAACUUCUUCCCCACUACCACCUCCAUCAGGUGAUUUGAAAACUUGAAGAAGUUGCCCUCACCCAAAGAGUAGUUUGUUUUGGACGGGAGAUUUAAUACUCUGUUCUGCAAGGUGCUUAUGCCUGCUCAGUAGUCAACCUUAGUAACUGAAGACUUAAGUUAAUCACAGUCAGUAGUCACUGUUUAGAAACAAAAUGCAAGUUGGAAAUAGUUUUACAGAGAACUGAAGUUUGAUUUCCAAAUUAUUGUACAGUUUGACAUAUAUUGAAAUAGAUGUGUGUUUUAUUUAAAAUCAAUUUCUUUCUGAACUUCAAGUGGUGUUUUUGGAAGCUUCACAAGCCAAAUGCAUGCUUCAGAGCUGGGUGCAAUUUGAAGUCUGGAUGAUGAAUAGAAAUAGUUGGAAUGUAUCCUGAAUUCUGCACUGCGGAGACUACUUUGUGCAAACUUUCACAUGCAGUAAAAAGUAGGCUGCAACUUUUGAGCUUCUGUGCUGAUGCCUAUCAGACUGUUUCUUUUGAUGGCUGAAAAUGAUGCAAUUUUGGGUUUGGUUUUGCCUUUUCAUGUUGUCAAACAGUGUAAGUAUUAUGUCACCAAUGCAUAUUUUCCAACUUUUUAUAAGUAAACCCCCUCUGGUAACAAUUAAAAUGCAAAUGUAUAAGAGAAACCAUUUCAUUCUGUGAGGGAUUGAGCUACUCUUAAACUUUAUAUCAAAAGUGCUUGUACAGUGAGGUUCUAAACAUAAAAUGUGUUUAUACUGAGUAGUGAGAGCACUGGACUGUUGCUCUAGAGCUGGAAAGGACUGGUCAUGUUUGCAGGCAGAGGGCAAAAAACACAGAAGACUUGUGUAUUUUAAAGAUGCAUUGAGGACAAAACUUUUUGUUUAUAGGGGGAUGUUCAUCUGCAGAUAGUUUUUGUUUAAAAAGAAAUCUUGCAUGUAGUUCUGGCCUACAUUUUCAUCAUCACCGUGAUUCUAAGGGGUUUUUUGCCAGGUUCUUGCGGUAACUCUUACUAUCAUUUUCAUUCUUGAGCUCUUAAAGCACUUGACCUACAGAGCAUGCUGGGUUUAUUUUGUUUUUGAAAAAAAAUCUUAAGCCCUGAGCAAAAUAGGUUAUUGCAUCUGUCACAAGAAGUCAGCGAUCAAUCCAUUUAUUGCUGUUACAGUAGUCUGAUUCCACCAGUUGGCAAGUGUUUAACUUGCGCAAAUAGAUGCAGGUUCGCUUAAAUCAAAGAUUUAAGAUGAAGCUGAUAGUUCAGUGGCAGCAAUGAUGUGUAUAACACUGCUCUGUUACAAGUUUGAUACAAGUCACUAGUUUUAUUUAGCAGAGUUCAUGGGAAGCCUUUUUAGUUAAAACACAGUAUAAAAAGGAGAGAAGCUUAAAAUAUCAGCUUUCUGGAUCAAACUGGGCUAUGGGAGGAUAAACUAGCAGCAAAAUUGAAAUCUGGUAUCAAUACUUUUAUUCCCUGAAUGGUCUUGUUACCUGGUAUGCCCUCUAGCGGAAACGUCUGGUAUGUCACAUUUUCUUUGUAAAUACCUCUGAUUAUUUUGCAGCUUUUCAGUAGGUAUGGCAGUCCUUUGGGUUAUUCAUUGUGGGAUCAUCUCCUUUUCCACCGUGUUCUAAUUAGCAAAGAAGGAAUCUUACAAACGGUAUAAAAUCACUGUCACAUUCUCUGUAGCCGAGGGAGAAAUCUGUGACUAACUUGAUGUCUUCAAUAAAAGAAAAGAUGUAGAAUAUAUUGUCAAAGGUGGUUCUGUUGCUGCCAGAAGGAAAACAUAGAAAGAAUAUUCCCAAUUUUUUGUAAAACAGAAGGUUUUUUGCAUACUUUUUACUCUUUAAAUAAAGACACUUAUACUCUGCUAAUAAUUA